ACGAUAAACUGACAGUACAAACCGGAACUUGCUGUCAGUCUGUAAACAGAUGAUGGUAAUCUGAUUCUCUUACACCUUGAAAUCAUCUCAAUUUAACUCUGGAGGAAGCAGUUGCAUUGCUGGAACUUUAUUUAGUUGUAAUGAUAAUUUCAUUUUCCUGGGCGGUGUAUUUUCUAUUUGUUUCUAAACCUGUACUUGGCAGAAGUUAGCUACCAGCGAGCUAGCUUGCAAGCUUUGCUGCUUUCAAAGCAUACAACUCCCUGCCAUCCUUGUUCUAAAUUAUUAGUGUAAUGAUGUCCAUAUGUUAUCUGCAACUGUGAGUUGAGUAAGAAGCAGCAAGUUCAACAUGGAUUUCUCCAAAUUCCUCGACGAUGAUUUUGACGUGAAGGACUGGGUGAACGGAGCAUUCAAUGUGGUCCAGAAGGAUUCGCCUGGGAAGGCGGACGCGCACGCGGCUACACUUGUUAUGAAACUGCAGCUGUUCAUCCAAGAAGUUAAUAAUGCCAUAGAGGAGAGUAGUAACCAGGCCCUCCAGAACAUGCCCAGAGUCCUGCGCGAUGUGGAAGCGUUGAAGCAAGAGGCCUCGUUCCUCAAGGAGCAAAUGGUCCUGGUCAAGGAGGACAUCAGGAAGUUUGAACAGGACACUGUCCAGUCCAUGCAGGUUCUAGUGGAGCUGGACCAGGUCAAGUCUCGCAUGCAUCUGGCUGCAGAUGCAUUGCAGGAAGCUGACAAAUGGAGCACGCUCAGUGCAGAUAUCGAGGAGACCUUCAAGACACAGGACUUUGCAGUGAUCUCCUCCAAGCUCACCAGUAUGCAGAACAGUCUGGCCAUGCUGGUGGACACACCAGACUACUCUGAAAAGUGUGUCCACCUGGAAGCCCUGAAGAACAGGCUGGAGGCCCUAGCUAGCCCCCAGAUCGUAGCCACCUUCAACUCCAUGUCCAUGGACCAAGCCAAGCUGUUUGUGAAAGUCUUCACAGAGAUAGAUCGAAUGCCCCAGCUCCUUGCCUACUACUACAAGUGCCACAAGGGACAGCUGCUGAAUGUAUGGCAGGACCUCUCUCAGAGUGAGCUGAGUCUGAACCAGCAGCUGGCUGAGUUCUAUGACACCCUCCUCUCCACCUGGCACUCCCAGCUGCAGUGGAGCAGCCAGGUGUUUAGGAACCCGUACGAGGUGGUGACGGUGCUGCUGAUCCAGACCCUGGGGGCCAUGGUGCCCGCCGUGCCCGUGAGCCUGAGCUCGGUCCUGGAGCACACCCCUCCGGAGCAGCGGCUGGACUGCCUGCUGGAGCUGCACCACACCGCCACCGCCUUCGGGAGGAGCCUGGAGACCGCCAUGCUGCCUCACCUGGGUGAGAACAACCAGCUGAAGGUGAAUGAGCUGGUCUGUGCUCUGUACGACCCAUACAAGCCCUACCAGCUCCAGUACGGACACCUGGAGGAGUCUCACCUCCUCAUCCAGAUCAGCGCUGUGCCUCUGGAGCGAGGUGAGGUCAUAGACUGUGUGGAGGAGCUGAGUCACUCUGUGGGGAAGCUGUUUGGUCUGGCCAGUGCUGCUGUGGACCGCUGCGUCAAACUGACCGACGGCCUUGCCGUCUGUGGCCUCCUGAAGGCCCUCAAAGCUCUCUUCACCAAGUACGUGUCAGACUUCUCCACGACUCUGCAGUCUGUCAGGAGGAAGUGCAGGCUGGAAGACACGCCCAGCUCAGCGGCCUUCCAGGAGGACUGGACCACCUUCCAGAACUCCGUCAGGAUCAUUGCCACUUGUGGGGAGUUACUGAGACAGUGUGGAGCCUUUGAACAGCAGCUGUCAAACAAGAUCCUGGGCACGGCGGGUAAGUACCUGUCAGAGUCGUACAGCCCGCGUAGCCUGGCGGGCAUCCAGGAGGCGAGCUCCACCGAGAGGAAGAGCUCCACCCGGAACCCCUGGCAGGAGUACAACUACCUCCAGAGGAGCAACAUGGUGGAGUAUAACAGCCUGAUGGAGGUUCUCUACUCCCUCAAGGAGAAGGGCACGGGGAACUCCAGUCUGCUGGCGGAGCCGCGCACGGCUCUGACCAGACUCAACCAACAGGCCAACCAACUGGCGUUCGACUCGGUCUUCCUGCAGAUCAAACACCAGCUCUGCCUCGUCUCCACAAUGGAGAGUCGAGAAGCAGGAGGCUUUGGUGAAAGCUACUCCGAGGAUCUCCCCACCUUCAGCUUGUCCCCUCAAGAAUACAUCACCAAUAUUGGACAGUACAUCAUGUCUCUGCCUCUCCACCUGGAGCCCUUUGUGACGCAAGAGGACCCUGCGCUGGAACUGGCCUUACACGCAGGAAAACUGCCCUUCCCUCCCGAGCAAGGUGAUGACCUUCCGGAGUUGGACAACACGGCCGACUACUGGCUGGGUUCCAUCGCCAGGGCGACCAUGCAGACAUACUGCGACGCCAUCCUGCUCAUUCCAGAGCUCACCGCCCACUCCACCAAGCAGCUGGCCACUGACAUUGACUACCUGAGCAACGUGAUGGACGCGCUGGGUCUCCAGCCCUCUCGCACCCUGCAGCAGAUCGUCUCCCUGCUGAGGGCCAAACCUGAGGACUACAGGCAGACAGCCAAGCUCCUGCCGCGCAGACUGGCCUCCACCAUCGCCGCCCUCAGGGGCUUGGACAACUAGCCAGGGGGGAGGGAGCGCCGUUGCUACUUGGGAAGGGUUUAUCAGAAGCAGCAGACAGACAGCUGGAAUCUCAUGUGGAGAUGACACCAUGCAACAGCUCUGCAACCUCUUAUUAUUCAAAUAUAGACUAGAUGCUUCAGCACCAUAACAUGAUGUUACCAAUAGCUACCAGUAGCUACCAUGUUGUCUUUGUAUGAUUUUCUAUGGUUUAUUUACACUUGCAUCAAGACAAAUCAAGGUCCGAAGAUGUCUUUUGUUUAUAUUUAUUUACUGGAAUCUGUCCCAAUUUAAUAACUGUCUGUCCUCUUUGUUCUAAACUUUGAUAAUUAAGUCAAUUAAAAAUCCUGUCUAAUCAUUC